AUGAGAGACACCAAAACACUUUACUGGAUGUUCCGCUUCAUCUAUUCACGGGUUCUGCCCUGCUCCAAACAGUAUUCAUGGGUUCUGCCCUGCUCCAAACAGUAUUCACGGGUUCUGCCCUGCUCCAACCAGUAUUCACGGGUUCUGCCCUACUCCAAACAGUAUUCAUGGGUUCUGCCCUACUCCAACCAGUAUUCACGGGUUCUGCUCUACUCCAACCAGUAUUCACGGACAGACAGCUCUCACAGCAGCUCUGUGUAUCUGUCCCCGCCCCCUGACCCCAGCUGGAGAAGGAAAUGGAACAGUAAUUUUCCCACGGACAAGAGCCAGAUAUUCCAUCAGCUGCCAACCACAGCGCUCAACAGAACUAACUCAGAUUCUGCGCUGCACACCAGUGUGAUGAAUCCACCCGCCGCAGACCCUUUCAGUGCGGGACACACACUCCCUCCACAGAACAGACGCGAAAUGUUCUCGUAUCCUGUCCCGCCCAUCGAGGAGAACAGCCCUAACGAUGGACGACUCCUCAAACCCUGGGACUCCAGAAAGUUUCCGCUGCUCUCUUCACGACCGAAGUCCUGUGAGGUGCCUGGAAUCACUGUAUUUCCCUCUCCUGACCAGCAGGGCGGCGCUCCUCACGGCUCAACGGUGUUAAAUACGGGCGGCUCGCUGCCGGAUCUGACCAGUCUGCAUUUCCCGUCUCCGCUGCCCACCCCACUGGACCCCGACGAGCCUGGAUACCCACCUUUCAGUGGUGGCAACAGUACGGGUAACAUCACCUCCACCCUCACCCAGCUGGGCAUCAACACAUCCAACGCCUUCCACACACCAGGUCUGUUGCCGGGCACUCUGAGUAACCCCUCCCUCCAUUCGUCGCUUAGUAACCCCAACAUCCAAUCAUCUCUUAGCAGUCACUCAUUCCCCAACUCUCUGAGCUCCGCCUCCCUGCAAUCGUCUCUCAGCAACCCCUCCCUCCAAUCCUCGUUAAGCUCCUCCCCCUCUCUGAGGUCAUCACUCAGCAACCAAUCGUUGCAGUCCUCCCUCAGCAGUCAGUCCCUCCAAUCAGCAUCCAGUAAUGCCUGUUACAGCGGCUCAGGCUCGUUCUCUGCGCAGCCACAGGUCAGCACGUCCCCUCGCAGACGAGCGCAGCUCUCUCCGGUCAAUCUGACCCCAGACACGCGCAGACAUCACCCCAAACAGUUCCCGCCCACCGUCUCCUCCACUCUCACCUCCAUCACGCAGGGUGUGGCUCUAGACACCAGUCAGCUGCAGGUGGAUCAGAGGUUGUCACCGUAUGCUUUCAGUCAGCCGAAACAGAUCACUUCUGUGCAGACGGGCAGCCACACGCACACGGUCCAGCCGACUGCGCAGCUGCAGCCGCACCUGCACAACAUGCAGAACUUUCAGAUGCAGCCGCAGAAACUUCCAAACCAGAACCUCAUGAGCUACAGUCCUGCAGACGCAGAGCAGAACCAGCAGCUGCAGGACAUGCAGGCGCAGACGGGCGAGCCGACAGAGCAGCAGACAGCGCAGACUCGACCCGAUCCGCAGAUCAGUCCGUCUUUUAGCAGUGAACUGGACUUUUAUAACGACGCCCUGUUUCUCAACUCCCUGUUGAACGACCCGUACCUGAGUCUGCAGUUUACCGGCCGACACAACCAGAACCAGAAUCAACAGUUGGAGGGUUUGAAUCAUGAUGUUGGUUCUGGUAACGUGCUAAAGUGUCCCGGUGGUUCCUAUCACAGCCAGCAGGGGGCGCUGGAGCUGCUGGACUCCACAGAUCAACAGCAGAGUCCGUGUCCGAGUUACAGCGACGGGCAACACACUGUACCUAACGUCAUACUCACAGGCGAUUCUUCAUCAGGCCUGUCUAAGGAGAUCACUAACGCACUGUCGGGCGUCCCGGGCUUUGAGAUCGACCCGUUCUCUUCAGAUGACCCGCUCCGGAUGGACCCGCUGGCGCUGGAGGGUCUGAGCAUGCUCACAGACGGAGACCUGAUGCUGGCCGACCCCACGGUCGAAGACUCAUUCCGCUCAGACCACCUCAAAUGAAGAGUGGGCCGUUUGUGAGCGCCCUCUUCUGUGGGGUCGAGAAACAGCAGGACGGACUGAUGAGCGUGACCGGAAUGAGAGCGUGGCACUUUAAGGUGUACUGCGGUCACAUUCUGAUGUCUUAGCUGCAUGCUAACUAAUGCACCGGUACACGUGCGCUUCAUCUGCGAGCGUUCACGAGAUCAAACCAGCUUUAUGCGUUCAGCUCAAGUGUGUAACGGAUGUUCCAGCACUUUCUGGGAUCUCCGUUGAGUGUUCAUCUGUUCGUUUGAGCGGCCCGACAUGUCAACUUAGGACUCAUCCAAUGGAGGGCGUUUGGGGCGGGACAGUUUGCUAGUCGUAUCAGUGGAUAGCGGAGGACAAGCAUUUGGGAAACCUGUUUGAAAACAAUCAUUUUUCAGUUUGGAAGCUGCACAUGUUCGUCCUGUUGUUGCCGUGGUAGCUGCAUGUGCCGAGUUGGUGAAAUUGUGCCAUUAAACGACACAUAUUUGCAUCUUUUAAGUGUCCGCGCGCGUGUGCGUGCGUUUGUGUAUGCGUCCGAUACAGUCAUGUGAUCAGAUAUACUGUGAUGAACUCGUCUGCAAGCUCCUCUGCCUGCACGAUUAUUCUCCCGAGCGAGGCCAUAUUUAGAAGAACCUAAAUAAUACGUACUAUAAAAUUAUUUUUAAACAAGUGUUGCUAUAGAUGUAUAUAAUCAUUUUUUCGACUGGUGUCCAGAAGGAUCUUGAUGUUCGGCGCAAGACGCUGCUAGUAAAACACGAGUUAGUUAACUGUGUUCUGUGCAUUAAAGGAAUAUUCCGGGUUCAACACAAGUUCAUCUCAAUUGACAGCAUUUGUGUCAUAAUGUUGAUUACCAUAAAAAUGAAUUUCGACUCACGUGACUUGUUCAGCAUGUUACCGUGGAGACGUAGCGUGUGUGGAGACUUCACGCUAUUCUCCGCGACAUCCACGCACAACUCACCACACGCCCCACCGAGAGUGAGAACCACAUUAUAGCGACCACGAGGAGGUUACCCCAUGCGACUCUACCCUCCCUAGCAACCGGGCCAAUUUGGUUGCUAAGGAGACCUGACUGGAGUCACUCAGCACGCCCUGGAUUCAAACUCGCGACUCCAGGUGUGAUAGUCAGCGCCAAUACUCGCUGAGAUACUCAGACCCCAACAUGAGUUUUUAUUUAAAACAACACAAACGAAUGCCUUUUCAGCACAAUCAGAGACACCCACAGACAGCAUCGUGCGUCUCUCUCUCCUCCGGCGGUCUGGACUGCUCUUUCAUCCCUCUCCAGCUCUCACUGCAAACACAAACAGCUGUUAGAGAUAAUUUCACACAGGUGUCAAUCCUUACCGUCCUUCCACAGGUGUUAAUCCUUACCAUUCUUCCACAGGUGUCAAUCCUUACCGUUCUUCCACAGGUGUUAAUCCUUACCAUUCUUCCACAGGUGUCAAUCCUUACCGUUCUUCCUCUCCUGGCCUCGCUCUCCACAGACUCGGCCACACCCACAUCGCCAAACUUGUAUUGAACCUGGAAUGUUCCUUUUAAUAUCUGUUAGUUUAGCUUUAAGAGAUAAUUAACCACAGUGCCGCUCCAGCUUCAUGCAGGACCAGCUUCAAAUAAUUAAAAACAUAUAUUUAUACAGCCGUUUAAUACAGAGAUGAGACAUAAAUCUAUCCAGAGGUGUAUUGAAAAUGUUAUGACAUGCAUAUGGUGUGUAUGGGACAUGCGUGAGUGUUGUUCAAAUAUUUUAAUGUUACAAACACGUGAUGUAUGUUGCUUAUGUGCUGCUUAACGCCUGCCACUGCAUUGCACUGUAGAAUGAGCUGUUGAACAGCACGAGUCUAAUAUAAACAAUAUAUAUAUAUAUAUAUAUAUCAGUAUAUAUGAACACCCUUCACCUGAUAAUGACUCGUAUUUUACAAUCUCUUAUUGUUUGUGUUUAUGCUUGAGUUCUUUGUUGUUAUAAAUGUACUUUUUGAAUUGUUACUGUUCAUUUUUGUUAUUUUGAUAACCAGGGAAAAUGUGUAUGUUGUAAAUAAUGUUCCUAAAGCAUUGGCGCUUCUAACAGAACAUUUUUAAAGACAAUAUCUUCACUAUAUUUUACAGAAAAAAUAAAGAAUUUUAUGAAUAUGUGCAUCGUGAUAAUUCCUAUUGAGCCUGUAAUGUUACUACAUGAGGACUGA